UGAAAUAGCGGCCCCAUAAAGAAUACCAUCCUUGAUCCCAGCUAGCUGAUACUUAGACGUCUGCAAUAGCUGGUGUGAGCGCAGCUCGUCUUUGAUUCUCCAAAUUCGUCUUUCGGUCAAACUUCUUGGUGAGGGAUUCGCCGAUUAAAGCGAUUACUACCAAAAAUGGCGCUGCACAUUCUCGUUGCACUUCUUGUAGGAUUUUCAAACGUUUUUGGCCAAGAAUCACCAACUUCUGGUCCCUUUAAAACCCUGUCCGUCGAAUGUACUCACGAGUAUAUGAUGGUAGUGUUGGAGCAUCAUCCCAAUCAUACCGAUCUGGACAUGGACAAAAUCACUCUGAAGGACGUAAGCUGUACCCUUAAUAACUUGGGAGAAUUCAAUGCAACCCAUCUGUGGAUGAAAGCUCCUCUUGAUGGCUGCAUGACAGAACACAACACAACUGAGGACACCAUCACAUACUUGAACAGUAUCGUUGCCGAGACAAGAGCCUCUGCAGGUAGCGUUCUGAUUUCCAGGGAGUUUCAGGCAGAGUUCCCGUUCAAGUGCAGCUAUCCACGCUCCGCUAUCAUGUCUGUCGCCAGCUUCUCCCCUCGGGAAAAAGUUAUCUACACAAGGACAGCUCAAUUCGGCAACUUUACCUUUACGAUGGACAUGUACGAGACGGAUCAAUAUUUGAAACCAUAUGACAGCUACCCGGUGAAAAAGAACCUUCAGGAAAAGAUGUACCUCGAGGUGAAAGUCACGUCCAAUGAUUCCAAAUUGGUGCUGAUUCCUGAGAAAUGUUGGGCCACGCCCAGUGAUGACCCAAACGAUGGAAAAUUCUUUGCUUUUAUCGAUAAGGGUUGCAAAGAGGACGAAACAUUGGAAUUUAAUUACAAGGAAAACGCAGUUCAACGCUUCAACUUAGACGCUUUCCGCUUCUUAGGGGAGAGCUCAGGGUCCACUGUUUACCUUCACUGCGCUGUGGAGGCCUGCCGUAAGGGAAACAACGAGUCACGUUGUGCCAAGGGAUGCGACCGGGACAACUCCAGGAAGAGGCGUGGCCUGGAAUUGGAUAGCGUUGGAGAGCAGACCGUUAGCAUCGGACCAUUGACCGCUGAAGAUAUUCAACCACAAGAACAAGCUCAAGAAUCUGGAAGUUCGCUGACCGUUAUUGCCGCGGUCGCUGGUGUCUUGGGCGUGGUCGUGUUGGCGCUUAUCACGGCUCUGGUUGUGUUGUACAAGCGUUUUCAUUCACCCCAACAGGCUGGUCGAGUCGUAUACACUACGGCUUCCAAUGAUGAAAGCAAGAUGCUUGUGUGAGAGAGAAUGGGUUGACGUAACGUGGCACACUAAAGGAAAGUCUUUCGCCUUUCACCCCUUCCUUUUGUUAGCCUGUGCAGCAAAUAACACUUUCGAUGAUUUUUAUUCUUUUUAGUUUUUAUCGAAAAAUUUUUUUUUAUCACUCGAGCUUUUAAAUGAUAAGUUCUAACUUUGAGAACCUUUGAAAAGCUCUCAAAACCUCGAUCGUUUGGUCUUCAUUUACACUUUUGUACUAAGGCAAUAAAUUUUGCAUUGAAAGAUGG